AUGAAAAGUAAUAAUGAUAAUUUAUGGCAAAUAAAUUUCUUGAAAUUUAGAGCACUGCAGGCAAAGCUUAAUCAGCUUACGGAACGAUUCGGCGAAUCAGUUGCUAUUAACCCAGAACUUUUUACUAUGACUAAUGAAUCAGUAAUAGCACGAAAGGAAACUGGGCGAAAAAGCAUGAUUGUUUCAGCAGUUCAGAUGCGAAAAAAAUUGAAAACAGCAUUGAAAGUACCUCCUGGUCGUAUAGUACAAAGUCUCAAAGUUGGCGUAAGUGACAAUUCUCGUCGUAUCAAGUAUGUUCGUUGUUUUAGUGGACAUAGAGAUGGUAUAUGGGAUAUUGCUACUUCUCGAACACCUUCUGCUAUUUUAGCCAGUGCUUCAGCUGAUCAAACGUGUCUUUUGUGGUCGCUGGACUCUGGAUCUUGCAUUGCGCAAUAUUUCGGUCAUUCUGGAUCGGUUAAUGGUGUUUCUUUUAGUCCAGCAUUUAUUGAUUCUAGCGAUGCACUGAUGGCCACUGCAAGUGGUGAUCAAACUACUCAUAUAUGGAAAGCAAAUAUUCUUGACAGUGAGUUGAGUGCGAAAGCAAUCGUGCGACAGCCAUUAUGUCGUUUAACUGGGCAUACUGGUGUGGUGAUAUCAGUUGCAUGGUUAGCCGGUGGUGAUCAGCUAAUUACGGCUAGUUGGGAUCGUACUGCUAAUAUUUAUGACGCUGAAAGAGGAGAAAUACUUAGUGUUUUAUCUGGUCAUGACGAAGAGCUUAAUCACUGUAGCACUCAUAUGUCACAAAAACUUGUAACCACAUCUAGUCGCGAUUCAACAUUCCGAUUAUGGGAUUUUCGUGAACCAAUACAGUCAGUUGCCGUAUUUCAAGGUCACACUGACUCCAUCACAUCAGUUAUAUUUUCUCCGAAUGAUAAACUUGUUUCUGGAAGUGAUGAUCGUUCAAUUAAAGUUGCAAUUGCAAGUGUUCGUUUGGAUAGUGCUGCUAAUCGAUUGGCAAUAUCUUCAAAAAAUCUUGUUGCAAUACCUCAUGAUAAUCGAAAUAUUCGUAUCUGUGAUCUGAACAAUUUCAGAUUAACUCGAAUUCCUCGUGCAAAUGGACGAGCAAGUUUUUUCUUAUGCAUAUUAUAUAGUUUCGAUUCAAUAAUGUUUUCAAUAUGCCUGAUUAAAUUCUCUUGUAAUUCAGCUAUAAUUUCUGACACAAAAAGAAGCCACAGAAGGAUUGUUUGUGCUGCUGCAUGGGUCGAUGAACAUUCUAUAAAUGAUCUCAUAACUUGUGGAUUUGAUAAACAGAUUAUUGCAUGGAAAACAUCAGCUGGUAAAGAAUAA